AUGGCCGUGAACGCCGCAAUCAUCAUGCGGUCCACGGCGACCGCACCUGAGACGCGCGCCUCUGCUACCAAGCGCUACAGCCUGCGCCCCUCAACACAGCUGCUCCUGCUCAGCCCCGUGCGCUCGUCGCCUCCCGCUCUACCCUCGCUCACGGCGACUCCCGAGAAGACGCCAAGCCGCGCGUGA